AUGUUCUUCAAGAUCCCGAUCACUAUCCUCGUUCACAAAUCCGAUGCCCGACACCACCUCCGGUCACCAUCUCCGUCCACAGAAUUAAUGCCCGGCAACAGCUCUGUCGACCACGAGUGCCAUGACGACAGUUGGGUUGCUGCAUAUUCUGGUAAAUGGCAAGUGAAAGGUUAUGAGAAAUCUGCAGCUUGUUUGGAAUCAGAAUCUGGUAUUUCAUACAAAUCGGCGGAAUUUAAGUUGCUUGAAUCUUCAAUAAUUGGUGCUGAUUGGGAGGGUUGUAUUGAUAGUCUUUAUGGGAUCAAGAACAUGACAGAUGAACAAAGAGACACAGCUUUGUUUCUUGUUUCCCAACAGUGUUUGUUGGAGUGUUUGGGCCGAGGGGAUGAUUCUUUAGCUUUGUCCCUUUUGCGUAAACAAAUCUCCAAAUUACAAGUGGGAAGAGAGAAAGUUCACAAGCUUGCUUUUAGUUUGUUUUCACUUGGGGAGCUUGGUUUAGAUAAAGUUCAUGAUGAUUGUGAUGUUUUUCAAGAACUGAGAAGGAAUCUAGUAAAUGAAUUGGAGAAAUUGCUUCCACCACCAAUCACUGUACCUGAUAGAAGAUUGGAACAUCUGGUUGAAAGGGUGGUUGGUUCCCAAAUUGAUUCAUGCAUCUACCACAAUUCUCUGGAUCCAGUAUCAAUCUAUAAGAAUCAUUCUUGUGGUAGGGAUCAGAUCCCUACAGAAACCAUUCAGAUUUUGUCUGACCACAAGAAUGAAGUUUGGUUUGUUCAGUUCUCUAACAAUGGGGAUUAUUUGGCAUCUUCAUCAAGUGAUUGUACAGCAAUUAUAUGGAAGUGGCUUGAGUGUCUCCAACUGCCAUUUCAGAUACAAGAAGAUGGGAAGUUAGUUUUGAAACAUAGAUUAUCCAGUCAUCAAAACCCGGUUUCUUUUGUAAUCUGGAGCCCCGAUGACACAAUGGUAUUGACAUGUGGGAACACAGAAGUCCUUAGGCUUUGGGAUGUGGAAACAGGUACAUACCCUAAAAAAGGCAUCUGCAUGUGGGAUUGUGAAGGCAAUGAGAUUAAAGCAUGGAGAGGAACACGGAUGCCAAAGGUGUUAGAUAUUGCUGUUACUCCAAAUGGUGAAUAUCUGAUUACUAUUUUUUCAGAUAAAGAUAUUCGGAUACUAAACGUGGCUACAAAUGCUGAAAGAGUUAUCUCUGAAGAACAUCCGAUUACAUCUCUUUCGGUUUCUGGUGACAGCAAGUAUUUGAUUGUUAAUCUUAAUAGCCAAGAGAUUCAUAUGUGGGAUGUUGAAGGGUUAUGGGAAAAGCCUUUGAGAUAUAAGGGCCACAGGCAACAUAAAUAUGUCAUUCGUUCUUGCUUUGGUGGGGUCAAUAGCACCUUUAUUGCCAGUGGCAGCGAAAAUUCACAGGUGUAUAUCUGGAAUCGAAGUGGAUCUGAUCCAAUUGAGGUGCUUUCUGGUCAUUCAAUGACUGUAAACUGUGUGAGCUGGAAUCCUAGGAGACAUCAAAUGCUAGCAUCAGCUAGUGAUGAUCAAACCAUUCGCAUAUGGGGACCAAAUCCAUCACAAAAGAUGCAUCUGAAGGGGCUCAUAUGAGAUAUGUAAUCAUAACUUGUAAUUAUUAUCAAGUCAAAACAUCUUUUUCUUUUCUGAAUGUGUUUUUGACUUAUUUUGGUUCUAGUGUUCUUCAUGUAAAAUAGCCAUUUUUGCUACCUGUUUGUUUCUUGCUUGCUGUAUCUUCUAUACGUUUUGUAGUUAGACAUCUAUUUGGAAU